ACGCCGGGGGCGCGCGCGGGGCCGCGCCCGAGAUGACCUGUAGUCGGCACUUUCCGGUUCCGGUCCGGAAGCUGCCGCGAUGAUCGGGGACCUGCUGCUCUGCGGGACGCUGCUGAUGAACGCCGGCGCCGUGUUAAACUUCAGGCUGAAGAAGAAAGACACUCAGGGCUUCGGUGAAGAGUCUAGGGAGCCAACUACGGGUGACAAUAUCAGGGAGUUCUUGUUGAGUCUCAGGUACUUUCGAAUCUUCAUUGCCUUGUGGAACAUCUUCAUGAUGUUUUGCAUGAUUGUGUUGUUUGGAUCUUGAAAGUCACCCAGAAACCUGUUUGGAGAGCAGUCUUUAUCUGGUAACUUGGAGGAGGUUUUCAGCUGGAAACAUGACCUUUCCAUAAAGUAAAAGGCUGCAAUGUUUUCAAAAUACCAACAAAGAAUUUUGGUCUGUUCUUUUAUGCAAAGUCCUAAAUGUUAAAGGGAUAGGACACAUUCAUAUGCUUGCGCAGAUUGUAAAAUGGUGUGAUUAUUACGUAAAUGAAAGUAGCUUCUUGUUAAACGGUGGGGAGCACUUUCAUGGUUGUUAGACACACAAACUGACCCUCCUGGACCAUAGUUAUCAAAAGUGUGGGCUGACUCUUGGGACUUUUUUCAUAUCUUUUUUUCAACAGACCCCAAUAAAUAUUGGACUAAUAGCAAACACGUUGACCCAUGUGUACACCCUCCUCUAGCUUGCCUCUAUGGGCGUGUCCACUUUUAGGGCUACCAACCUUGAUGCUCAAAGCAAAAUUGUUCAAGUUUGCUAGCAUAUAUAAAUAACUUCUAAAUGAUGUUGCUGGCCCAGCAACAUGAUGCUUGGUGUACUGUAGAACUACAACAACAUCUGAUGGUCACAAGAAUCUCUGCUUUCAGUCACUCCUUGCUCUUAGUCCGUUAUAACAUAAUAUAGGCUAUUUGAGGAGCCACUGCUCUAUUGUCUGAGACCAAUUUUGCCAUUUGUAAGGCAUUUUUAUAAAGUUAAGGAAAACAAUGUUAUAUUGCUGUAAUUUUAAUGAUUGCCAGUUUUGUAUCUGACUAUAGAGAGCUGCAUAGCACUCUAAAUAUCUGGAUGUCAGGGGCUGCGCAAUAAAGGAAUAACUUAUCGGGGGAGGCGAAGAAUGUUGUUCACUAUAUCAAAGAUAGUAUUUGCCUGCAAACUGCUCUAGAGAAUCUACAUACCGAGACAGGUAGAUUUUGUGGAUAUGGAGUUAGUAGAGUAGAGGCCACCAGAAGUAAGCCUUUCCCAAGUUGGUUAUAAAUGUCCUUGAAGUUGAAAUAACGGAGAAUGACUAUACAGACACUGUUAUUUAUACAAUUAAAUUCCAAUAAAGAAGGUCCAGAAGCUCAGGAACAUGCUCCAAAGAACCUGUGGGUUAAAAAAAACACAAAUGCAUCAUCAAAAGAAGUAACAGGUCUUGAGAUCUUAAACUAACUUCCAAGUAUUAUGAGAAUCUACACAUCAGAACAGGCUGAAAAUAAAAUUUUAAGAAUAAUU